GUGAGCGUCGAGUGCUCGCAAGUCGAGCAAAAUGUCUCGCCGUUAUGAGUUGAGCGAGCAAGAUGCAAGGUCUUACGGAGGAUCCAAAGCAAAUCGACACAAAGUCAGUGUAAAAGUUUGCAUGUUAGAUGAUUCUGUGGUUAAAUUUGAUUUAGAGGUAAGGACUUUUUUUCUUCUGAAAUUAAGUUAUAUUCCCUAGGGCCCGUAAAUGAUACUAAAAUGUUGCUUGCUUCACAUUUGUCGUGUCGGUUUUGGUUUUUGCGUCCGUCCUCUGUUGUCGGCUUUCGAACUACCACUAAAGCUUACAUCCUCACGACACCAAAUGAGGCAUUAGGUUAUUUUCAACAGCUGUUGUUGAGAAAAACAGAUAUUUCUUGCCGUCCCUUUGUCGCUAAUUAAGGGCUAAUCUCGCGUUUUUCGAACAAGGUGGCCAGCGUUAUGCGUGAUUGAAUUUUUCAGAUGUUUUCUUUCUAAGAAUGGAAGAUCUGAAAAUUGCAUUCAAAUUCUUUCUUUGGAAUGUUUUGCCUUUAAAAUCCACACAUACGCCUCGAAUUUUCCGAAGGUUUUACGCUAGUGAAUAUUUCUAACAGCAAUUGUGUUAGCUUGUUGUUUUGAAUUGGGGAGUAGAAAUAUUUUGGUUCUCUUCAAGCUUUAUCUUUUAAAACGCGUGUAAUUUGUAUUUUAAUGUCUUUGAAUGAUCCUCGUGCAUGGCGAUUCAUUUCAUUUGGAAAAUUCACGUCGAAAAUGUCAAACUUUAAAAUGUCUUGCACAAUUAUGUAAACAGAACUGCUAUAUACAGCGCCUGAUCUCAAUCUCAUGUCAGAAAAUGAAAUCACCGUUUGAUUUCAGCUCACGAUCAUGCAUAUGCCAAUGUCGGAAGCCGUUUUUCCAUUUUUCUCUCCAGCGGGUGACCAAAACAAAACGCCAUGAAUUUCGCACGAUUGCGUCUGAAGCUAAAUUACCACAGUAUUUUACCAAUCUUAGAUUAGUUCGUUUCGAAGUAGUUAGGUGCACUUUCAAGCGCGUUAUUGCUAGUUUGUGUUUGAACCCGAAGUAAACAUUGUUUGCAAUUUAUAAUUUAAUCCGGUUUUCUCCGCCAAUCGACCAAUGUAGGUGAUUACAUUACUUCUGAAAACGAAUUGAAAGUCCUCAAAUAUUUAACCAAUUUGAAAAAGAUACAGUGUAACUUUCGAAAAUAAAUACAAUGGAGGAAAAAUAUCAUCACACGAUUUUUAGCACAUUUAAAAAAUAUCACUUUGUAGUUAUAUUGGAAAUAUAUUAUUUGUACAUGUAUGGAGCUUUGAAUUUAGAUUACGUCUGUGGGACGUUAGUGUGCUGGCAGAUAAUUAUUAUUGAUCUCCAGUUUAUUGAAUCCUCGCUAUACAAUAAUUGUGUAGCCUUGUUGUUGAAAAAGCGUUAAUGUGAUGUUGAGUGUUUUUUAUUGAUUAUUCUUAAUUCUUCAGCUGAGGGCUGUUUCUAAAGCAACAUUGUCUAGUAUGCAGUAUAUGUGGUGUUUUUGACUUCUACAGUAUGAAGUUAUUCCAGACAAUAGCAUUGCAAUGAGGAGUUAUAAAUUUUCCAUGGCUUGCAUAACUAAAAGCUAUUAUGAAAAAAUUAAUGUCAAGCUUGGUUUUCUAUAGAAAUCAGAAACACUUGUGAUCACAGGGGACCCAAGCAUAUAUAAUUUAACUACAUUCAAGAGUUUGUGUGGGAAAUAAGAAAAUAGAUAUAUAUUUAGAGUAAAUAAAAAGCCUUAAAUAUGGGUAAAUUCUUCAAUAAAGUGCAAAUGACAUGGUGUCGGUGUUGUUUUAGCUUCUAGUGUGCGAAAACACUAAAAGUGUGCUGGAACUUUGUAGAAAGACAGAAAACAGGGCCAGGGUUAGCCUGCGCUGCAGACAAAACUAAACUCGAUCUGGUUUAGUCUCUUUGUGAAACAAUGCCAAAAUCCUUUUUCUGGGUCCCCACCUGUGUACCAGGAUUUGAGUGCAUGCUAUGAUUGGCCUGUUUUAAGCCAUUGUGGAUUUGCCAAUAAAAGUGAAAGGAAAUCUGAAAUGCUCUUGUGGUAAUUUGUUGAGUCUGCUGGGGGCCCAAACUAGGAUAUCGGCGCAGGCGUUACUUACCGAGGUUAAAUUAUGUAUGUGAUGCAGGAUACACCAGAUUUUAUUAUUAAUUUGUACACUUUAUUGCAUAAUUUUGCCUAUUUGAGUUUAGUUAUUUGCAUUUAUUAUUAUUAUUAUUUUCCCCAUAUUAAUGAAGGAUUUUUAAUCUGAAAAUUUAUAUUUUUCUUCAUUAAAUUAUAAAAAUUGGAUGAUUGAUCCAAAUUAUCUUUGCUGCAGGUGGUGUCUUGGACCAUACAUUUAUCUAAAAGCAGAUACUUAAGGCACAUGGCCCAAUUUAUUCUGAAAAGAGUGAAUCCACAGGGUGCAAAGAAAGUCAUUUUUAAAGCUUGCCAUUCGGGCAAGCUGAAGUUAGAAUAUACUAGCCCAAACAUCAUUUCAAGUAGCCCCAAAAACAUUUUGAUGAGAAGAAUUGAACUCACAGUUCUUCUGUAAUUUGAAUUUGUGAAAAAACUUCACUUGCCCGUUGGGCAAGUUAAGAACAAAAUUCACUAGCCCAAUGGCAAAAUCCACUAGCCCUGGGCUAUUGGACAAUACUUUCUUUGCACACUGAUUGAUAACUAAAAAUAAUUAUUUAGAUUGCACUGACCUAUUUGACCAUAUAUGUCAGCCAAUUUUAUGGCCACUUUGUAUGCAAAGCAUGGACUAAUCAAUCAGUCUUGACAUAUUUAUUCAUUUUAAAGUUAAAUUAAAUUGCAACACAAAAAGGGCGACAAGGUCGACAAGGACAAACCUUCAAUGUUAUUAACUCAAUUCAAACUGGCAAACAAUCUUUUGGUGCCUUGCACAAACUGUAUUUACAAGAGUAGACCUGGUUUCAUGCAGCCCAUUUAAAGCUUUAUGCUUUAGCUUAUCACUAAAUAUACAAAUGAAAGAUCUGUUAACAUUCAACAUUUUCAGCAGCUGUGUUAAUAUUUAUCUUUUUUUUGUAGAGUAAUGUUGAUACAUGUACUUUGCACUAUUUCUGUUGAAAUGAAUAGAAAAUGAUUCGUUUUUGAAAAUUUCCAUUUCUUUUCCUAGUGAAAAAUCCCGAACCGAGAUUCAAAUCAAAAUAAUUCAGGUCACAAAUUUUAGUAUGGAAAUGCGCUCUUAUUUUAUGCUUGGUUCACUUGUGCUUUGAUGUGAUGAGGCACUUGGACAAUAGAGGACGAUUGCCCUACAAGCGAGUAGAUAAGAAAUUUAUCCAGACGAUUAGGUGAUCAGAAAAAAAAAGCAGGGCAGCACUCUUGCACUGCCAAGUGGUCCUUGUCCCGUUGCAUUGUACUUUUGCUUUUGGGCAGCUAGGAAAGCUUAGUUUUUUGAAGGAAAUGUUAUGCAGGGCAUCAGUGUAAGACAGCCAGGUCUAUGAAGAUGAUGCAUUAAGUAUCAGUGUAUGAUCCCAGUAGCCUUUAUUUCUCAAAGGUUUAUGUUGAAUGCAGCACAGUAUAGAAUUCAAGUGUGCUUUUUUCCUGUAAAUAGUGUGAAACCUAUUGUCUUGCCAUACAUUUAAAUGUUUAUUAUAACAUUAAUUAUUAUUAUUAUCAUUAUCAUCAUUAAUGUUUUUAUCAUUAUCAUUAUUACUGUCAUAUUAUUACUUGGUAGCAAGUAUGAUCUCUUGGUCUUAGUUUUUAGCAUAUUUGUUUCAUUAAAUUUUUAAUUUUUGUGAAAAGCAACUAAUGGAUGUGUGUGCUAUAUAAAUGCACAAUUUUUGUUAUUAUUAUUAUUAUUAUUAUUAUUAUUAUUAUUAUUAUAUCUCUUAAUAUUAAUGUACACAUUACCAACAAAUAAUUAUGUUGUAUUUUGGACUUAAAUUUCAGCCCAAAUGUAAAGGCAAAGCUUUGUAUGACAGUGUGUAUGAGCAUUUAAACUUGGAGGAACGUGAAUACUUUGGAUUGAAUUUCUAUGACAAAAGUGAAAACUUGGUAAGUACAUUCAUAAGCAGAAAAUGCAUGCAUGAAUAAGCAAUGUUACUGACAGUGUUUGUAGUUCUGCUGAGCUUUUUCCGAUUUUGUGUUUGUUUUACCUUCUUAUCAAUGAAACCAUACAAUGAAGGCAUGUUAUUCACACCACUUUUUGUUAAUUAAAUAUAUUUGUCGCAGGUCAAAUUUAAUAGUUUUUAAUCUGGGUUGAUUGUCAAUUUCCGUUGACUUCUAGGGCUAGGAGACAAAGGAAAUUGAGAAUUAACCUACAGUAGGUUAAAUCAAAAUUUACGUGAAAGCAAAGUUGCUCUGUAACAUAAUAAACAUCAAUGUGGAAAAGGGUGAACCUACAGUAGUAUAAACUGAGAAUUAGUAUGUCAUUGUAUACUGUUGCAGGGGUUUCAAUAAGUUUUUGCACAAGUGGGUACUUAAGAGUAACAGGCGGGUAUAUUUGCUGCAGACCUGAAGGCCCUUCGACCCUAGGGGGGUCCGGGGGCAUGCUCCCCCAGAAAAUUUUGAAGUUCUAGACUCUCACAGAUGCAUUUUCAGGUCUUUUUUUGUUGCUUUGUUGUUUCAUUUUUUUGCUCCUAAGUCAACUAAUUCAAACAAAUUUGAAGAGAAUUAUAUUACAAUGAAGUAGUCACAGUCAAAACCUAUUUUGCCAAAUUUUUUGGCAAGAAUUCGAAGCUGAGAUGAAAUUAUCUGGUCUUAGUUGACGUUCAUGUGAAGGCUCCAAGCGGGUAAUCAGCCCGUUGCAAACGGGUAGAUCUACCCGCUACCCGGCUACUAUUGAAACCCCUGUCAGUUGACAAAACGCCUUACACUUUCUUUGACUGGGGUUGGAGCAUGCACCCUUUCCAUUGGUUUUAGUUUUGCAUCUUCUUAUGGAUGCUAAGAUUUGCAAGAUACUUAUACUUGUACUGUAAAUAAAAAAAUAAAAAGACUACAACAUGUACUAUAACUUCCACUGCCAUUUACACUAUGGCUACUGCUACCACUACCACUAAUUCAAAAUUGCCAGAGGCAAACCUGUUGGGGGUUAUUGUGGUUCAAUUUUAUCCGUGAUUAAAAUUUUCUUUCCCUUUGUUUCAAACUCAUUAUCAUACUGUACAUUACCAUACCCAAAAACAAAGGAACUGAAUUUUAGCCUUGUUUGUUUGGUGCAAUAUACAGAUUGUAUUUACUGAGCUGACUCAAAAUAAACAAUGAUCGAUCAUUUCAGUUGCGGCUUUAACUAAAAAUGGUCUAUUACAAGUGGUGGUUGUGCUAAGUGUGUACUUGUUUUGAUGCUUUUGUAUUUUGUGUUUUAAUUUCAGUUUUGGUUGGAUGACUUGAAAGCUAUAAACAAGCAAGUCAAAAGUGAGAAUUUGUUUUAUAACUUACAUGUACUACAGUGUACUAUGUACAAUCCUUUUAUACCCCAAGAGUGCUUUCACCAUGAAGUCAUCAAAUUCUAAAAUCAAAAUUUGAUAGCGAGGCCUUCCAAAUUUUUGUUUACAAUGUACAUCGGGCUGAAGGUGACCGAGAAAUAAAUCUUUCUAGAAGUUUCCAGCCCUGUGGCAUCUUUCAGUUGGAAAAUAUACGCAUUUUGAAUUUUCCAAAUUUUUACAGUGCUUGACACCAUGGUAGUAGCCUUGGCAGAGAUAUUUGGUUAAAGAAAAACUCUCUCCUUAUGAUGUUCAGUAGUUUAAACACUUUAAGCGGUUAAAAAAGUGUCUGUGCACGUGUUGAUUAAUUAGCUUGCAAGUAAAAAGAAAACAGUUUUAUCACAAAAGUGAAAUUCCAUGCAUAUUUGUGUCCCAUGUUGGUACACCAGCAUGGUGUCUCUAAACAAAGCUCUAUAGAAAUGGGCGGAACUGUUCAGUAAAUAAUAAUAAUAAUAAUAAUUAAUAAUUGUAAUAAUAAUAAUACCUGUAAAUAACUAAAAAGCAGUGCGAUGCACAGUUGUCAAACUUGGAUAUGUUGUAUAUUUAUGUCUUUGAGUGUUGGCUUCUUUUGUUGGACAGUUUCAAAAUUAUAUUUUUAUUGCCUGACAGUGAGCACACACUAUUCUGUUUUGCUUAUAGAUCCCCGAGCAACAAUCUUUAGAUUUUGCGUGAAAUUUUAUCCGCCUGAUCCUGCACUUCUUCAAGAAGAGUACACUAGGUUAGUGCCUUUGUUAAGAACUCAAAUCUGCCAAGCUCAUCUGGUGUAAAUAAAAUAUACUUAGCAAUAUGUUUGAUUCUUUUUACAUCAUCGUCAUUAUCGGUUGACUGAAGAAUAGUCGACUGUAAGUCGUCUGCAACUGGCUUGGUCUUGGGCAUAUCAUCCUCUGAGGAAUGCCUAUUCCGGUCGAUCCAUUCAGACUGGACUUGGCUGGUAAAGGACUUAUGUGGUCUCCGUAUACAUAUACAUGUAUAUUAUCUCAUAACUUGGCCUAAUUUUCCAGGGAUUGCGCAGACAUCAAGUACAGGCUGUAGAUUGAAGAUUAAUAACAAAAAGCAUUGAUAUUUCCUUAUGUACAUGUAACUUUGGUCUGUGGCGACAUUAAUGCCUGGUCCCUCAUUUCAUACACUGUAAAUACAUGUAUGUCUCCUGUUAUUGGGGCCAUGUCAUACCCUAAUUUAGUCCCUCGUACUAUAAUAAUAUAACGUAAUGGUACCUACAAGAUAUAAACUGCAGUGCUGCAUCAUUCAGUUUGUAUGUUAAUACAGUUCUUUGGAUCAGUCCAGACAAGGUCUUGAGUUUGACUGUGUGUUUUGUUGCAGGUAUUUGUUUGGUCUACAGAUAAAACGAGAUCUUCUUAAUGGAAGGUAGGAUUAGUUGGUUUUGCAUUUGCAGUCACUGGAUAAUGUGUUAUUUUUUUUUUUACUAUUCUUUUAACUCCAAUAAAAAAGGGUGAUAAUGGUUAUCUCUAUGGAAAUGUUGCUUUUCAUUUACAUAUGUGGAAUAAUUGACAAUUAAUGAAUGAGGCUGAGUAUCUUAUGAAGAAUUAUGGAGAUCAAACAUGUCGAGGCCGUAGGCCGAGGAAGAUAACACCCUCUGAGAUCUCCAUAAUUCUUCAUAUAAUACGAAAGUCAAAUUCAAUGAUUGUUUUACUAUUCAUUCAAAGUAAUUUGUAGUUUAAAAACAUAGCUAAAACAUGCUUGUGAACCUCCAUCGAUGUUAAGGUCAUCUUCGAUAGUGCUUGUUUAGGGUUGUUCAGCUCCGCAAAUAUUCUCCAAAUAGCAGAUACCACCCUUUGAGUUGUCUUCUUGCUGUUCUUGUUCUGUUCUUAGCUAUAAUUUCGCCUAGUUCUUACUCUUGAAAAUGUCUGCCAUUUUUGUUUUCACAACCAAAACAACUCAACCUUGUCCCCAGGUCUUUUCGGUUAACUGUGCAUUAACCUACAAGGAAGCUGCACUUUUGACAUCAUGGGUUGAUUAAUUGCAAAAUUCUUCCAAAUUUGGUCAUCAUUAGCUGGUUGUGGUAAAUUAUGCGUUUGCUUUUAACCAAUCAUAAUUGGGGAAACAUUUUGAAUGAAUAAUAAUAUUUGUUAUUCAGUGUUCUCACCAGGAUUUUGCCUUGGGGAGUCCCAGGGCCCCCUCUUCUGAGAAAUAGGGGCCCUGUAAGAACAUUAGGGGGACAAAGUUACAAAAAACACGCGGUACGAAGAACCUGAGCCCACACUCCAAAUUGUCUGUUACAUGAAGUACCUACCUGAUCCAAUAUGGCGGAAGAGGUGUUUACGAUUCGGAGGAGGAGUUUACGAUGUAGUGGGACGUGCGUGGGAGCAAUGAAAGUAAAGGCAACAAAAUGAAAGACUUUGACUCAUUUGAUAUGUCUUUUAUUUAUUCAAACAAUUGCCCCUGCGCCCUAAUGGGUGCAUCUUCUUCGUUUUAAUGCGCCAUUUCAGUUUUUCUUGCGGGAAUCCCGCAAGGCCGCGGCCUGGUGAGAACACUGGUUAUUGCCCCUCUAUGUUAAUGCUAGCGGUGUAUGAUCGUGACAGGUGCAGAAAUUAUGGCUCAUCCUCGGUGUAUAAACCUGUGAAACUCACAAGUGAUGUAAAACAAUGAAUACAAAUAAGCCACUGAGAAGUCAACACAAUAAAGCCAAGGAAAAUAAUAGCUAGAAAACAAAGAAAAACCUCACAGGUUUUUACAUUGAGGUAAACCUGAAAUUAUUACAACUUGAUUUAUGAAGGGUUAUGACUGGCAACAGAAACUAAAGUAUAGACGGCUAAUUGAUUGGCUUGUGGUUUGUCAGAGACAAACGGUAUAAUACAAACGUUAUUUUUCACUAUACUAAAGGUUUAACCUGUUUUAGCCUGAAAUUCAUUUUAACAAUAUCAUGUUCAAAUACAUGUAACAGCUUACUGUGUUAGUAAUGUACUGUUUAAUUUUGUUAAUUAUUGAAGGUUAAAAUGUUCAGAGAACACAGCUGCACUUUUGGCUUCUUAUAUUGUGCAAGGUAAGUUCUACAAGAGCUCUUUAUACUAGUGACUGGGAUAUUGGUUGGUGUUUUCUUAUUACGGUGGAACCUUGAAAUCACCAAGGGCCACAGUUUUUGAUUAAUCUGAUGAACGGUUUUACACUUGAAACAUACAUACAUGUAUGUUUUUACAGCCAUUUUAUGAUACUGUUAUAUAUGUGUGUUUAAUAUUUGCUUCUACAAUAUCAUUCUUUGAGUUAAAUCAAAUGGACAUCUCAAAUUGAAUGGUGCUUAGAGGAAAGUGUUAGUAUUUUUGCAGUUUACAGUGUAAAUCUGUUUUUCUUUUCUCUUUUUCAGGAGAACUAGGUGAUUAUGAUGCAUUGAAUUGCAGAACAGGAUAUUUAUCAGAGUAUCAGUUUUUCCCUGGUCAGGUGUGUUUCACAAAACUGUUUUUGUUGUUUGAGACUUUUCAUCAUUAUUUUAAUCCCCUUGUUAGAUUAAAUAUUACAUUUACUGUACAUGUAUUUUAUCGUCAACAAGCUUGAUCCUAAGAUCAUCAUCAUAAUAAUUUUUUUUUUUUUCAGACAACAGACUCAGAGAAAAGAAUAUCAACUUACCACAAAGAACACAGGUAUGUCACUUUAAAACUACAUGUACAAUUUAAUUUGAAGACCUUUGACAAAUAAAUUGUUUACUUUCAGACUUUGAAAACCUUGCAAACUAGUUAUUGUUGUUUAAUGUUUCUGUGUUGCAACUGAUUUUAUUUAAGAAUAUCGUGAAACAGUUCUUUUAAUUAUUUACCAAAAAAGGAAAAGAACUCAACCCCUCCUCCCUCCAUUAAAAGUUAUUAUGUCGGCCUCUAUAGUUAUCAUACAAUAGGGUUUUGUGAAUUUAGCUUUGGGACCAUCAACAUGGUAAUGUUUUUCACGCAUGGUAUUAUAUUAUGAUCCAGGGGUUUGAUGCCAGCGGAUGCUGAUUAUAAUCUACUUGAUGUUGCAAGAAGGCUAGAGAUGUAUGGCAUGAUGCUUUACCCAGCAAAGGUUGGCAUUUUUUCUGUUUGAAUAACUUUUGUUCACGAGCCAUUCAAGAAAAGGAGUGAAUGACAGGGGUUACUGUUCUCACAACUUUCAAAAGUUUGUGAAAAAAGUAUACAUCACCUAUAGGUACAAACUGUAAGAAAAAAUAAUCAGAAUGUUUAGCAUUGGUCAGCGUGAUGUAAUUUUGUUGUCUCAAGCACCUGCAGACUGGCACUGCUGACUAACUAGAGUUUACCUUAAUUUGUGAGUGAGCUAAAUUUCAUAGUGCAUUACCUUACAGAGAAUCUUUUUGAGUUAAAAUAAUAAAACCUCUGAGAUACUGUAGCUGUACAUGUAAUUUAACCUGGGUCAUGAAAAUGUGCAAUGUACAAUGUAAGGUUACUGUCAUCAUCGUCAUGAUCAUCAUUAUCAGUAUCAUUUAUUUAUUUAAAUAAAUAUUUUUUGCAGGACAAGGAUCAGGUUGAGCUUUUCCUCACCGCUGCUCAUUUGGGUGUUUGCGUGUUUCAAAAUGGAUCAAAAAUUAACACAUUUUCUUGGUAAGCGGUGUUUUAUUGUAGGUAUUCGAGUCACUAUUGUUUCUUAACUGUGAAUAAUUUUGUCUGUUUUAGGGCAAAAAUUAGAAAACUUAGUUUCAAGAGAAAAAGAUUUCUUGUCAAGCUGCAUCCUGAAAUAUUUGUAAGUACAUAUUCAAUCGUUUACAUUAUUCUGUUGACCAACACUUUAUUUGUUUACUUGAUGGCAACCAUUUUGACUGUCAUGGCAAUUAGAAAAACAUUCCUUACCUGAGUUUGCUUUCAUGUACCAAGCCUUAGAUUUUUAUCGCAGCCAAACGUUUCCAUUAGUAUGGACACAGAGAAAGCCAUAGAAAGUGUUCAUGGUAUUAACAGGGUGUCUGUAUUAAGUGGGUCAUGUUAUUUAAGUCAAAAAGACACCUUUUAUUUGAACAAAACACCUAAAUAUUUUAAUAUUCAGGACAUUAUAGCAUUGUCAAAUUUAACAUCUCUAGUCUUCAUAAAGCUGUCAUUUUAUGGACUCAUGUCCAUGGAAACAGUCAAAAGUUGCCCAUUUAUAGAUUACUCAACCACAAACCGUUUUUAGCGUAACUCGGUUGAUGCCAAAGUAGUUGAGCUUGGAGCACCAACGAGCAUGUGAUUUUCUUGCCUUUUUUUCCAUAGGGUCACUACAAAGAUAUUGUGGAAUUCGAAAUGGCCAGUAGAAAUGCUUGUAAAAGCUUCUGGAAAAUAGCUAUAACUACCCAUGCUUUCUUCCGGUAGGUCUAUUACAUUAUGAUGUUGUGGUUUUAUUGUACAUCACAUGUAUCUUUUGUUGCGUGUACUGUUAAUUUUACCUUUGUUCUUUGUUGAAUGCAUGAUAACUGAGUAUCAUGGAAACAAAACAAUUUCAAACUACAAUAAAAUGAAAUAAAAUAGUUCUUUUUGCUAAGCCAACUUCAGUGCCCCCUUGUUGUCAUUAAUACCCGGAGAUAAUUAUAAUGAUUAUUGUUGUUGUCCUAUGUUCAUUUUCAGGCAAAAUCAGGUCAAACCAGUCACCAAACCUCGCCCAAGACUUUUAAGUCGAGGCUCUUCUUAUAGAUACAGUGGAAGAACACAAAAGCAGAUUAUAGAGGGAUGUCGGACUUCUUUUCGACAACAGCCAGCGUUUGAAAGGUUUGCAUCUCUAAAAGAAAGUAAAGUCUUUUCACACUGACAGCUCCGAUUCUAAACAUACCAACUUUUUAUGAGUAGAAAUUCAUGACAUUUUUUUAGCUUCAGUUUUCCAUUGUCCACACUCAUACAGAUCAUGGAAAUGGUGUUAAAACAUUACUUAUAUUCAAAAUUCAAGUGAGCAUAUCAUUGCAAUAGUGAACAUUGGACAUCAUUUCUUUGAUCUGAAAAGUGUAGACAAUGAAGAUUUGUUGUUGAGUUGUCUUUCUUGUUACAAUACCAUCAAUCAUGUUAACAUGUUUAACAUGAAGUUUAACGUGGUAAACAACAUGUAAAACUUCUAUUUCUGGCAAAUUUUCUUGGAAACUUGCCCACAAGAGACAAAGAGAAACGUUUGCUUCAUCAUUAAAUCAUUUAUAUUGUCUAUGCUCUUACAGACAAAACGUGUACAUGUAGCUCUAAGCACUGUGCAAGAAGUUAAUUUUUUGUCCCUAGAACCACUGCCAAUUAGACUAAGUAGGUAAACAGUGUCCGGGUAAAAUCUGUAUUAUUGUAAAAUAGGCCAUUUCUGACUUCCAAAAACUUCUCAUUUUCAAAAUGAGGAUAAGAGAAAAACCUUCCUUUUGAAAAUGAGUUUCAUUUGCAUGAGAAUAAAAAAUCAUUUUGAUAUCAGUGGCUUUGAACAUUAGCCGUGCUUUGAAACAGAGGUUUGGGACAACUUAGAACUGGUCUGUUCACCAUACCCAUUAACUACCAAGUUUAUUUCAGGUUGAAUUAUUCUUUGUUCUCUUCUUCAGGUCCCAAAGCCUAAAAUCACCCGCAAGAACAAAUUCUUUUGGAAACUCCUCACAGCCGUCACCCAGAGUAUUAAAUUUUGCUGGAUAUGGCAAUGAAAGUAGAAUAGGAGAGAGCACUCCUCCACGGCCACUAAUACCCCUCCAAGAACAGGAGGAAACUAUUCCUCUUUCUUUACACUUAAAUGGACCAACUACUUCUGUGAAUUCAGAACAUCAAGAAAUUCCAAGAAUACAAGAUCCUACACUCGCAGGAGAAAUAAUCAAGGAGCCAUUAUCGGAUCCAAAGGGUGCCAUUCCUCUGCAAGAUCUUGAUGAUGAACCCGAUAUGAUGAAAGAGGAGUCUGACACACCAUCAGAAGCUGCGUCAGAGCCAGAUUUAGAGUGGCAAGCAGAACCGGUAAAUCAGGCUGUCUCCAACACAGUGGAAGCAGCUGGUAACAUGCGUGAAUCACCAGUGGUGGAACAUGAAGGGCAAGGCAAGGUUAAAGAUGAAGAGGAAGAUGAAGGGUUUGAACAUGGUACACCUUUGAAUUACUACGGAGAUGAGGAUACUAAAGAACAAGAACUUGUUAUCCCUGAAGGUUGCGUGCGCAUUGAGUACCAACCUCAGCCAAAGCCACCUUCCCCAAUAGAGGUGAGCGAUGUUGAGACAUUAUCUCCUCCACCACAAUCUCCUCCUCUUCCGCCUCCGCCUCCUCCACCAGAGAAUGAUGAAGAUGGAGAAAUACCUAACGAAGAGCGAGAUCAGGGUGUUGGACAAGAAUUUCCUUCUCCACCACCAGAGCUUCUGCCAUCACCACCACCAGAACUUCUACCAUCACCGCCACCAGAGCUAACAAAUGAGUUUCAAAAGUAAGUUGUGGACAGUGUAUUCAAGGUUAUAAUAAUACAUUGUAAGUGCUUUUUGGAGAAGUGAAAGAGGUUAUAGAAGAUGUAGUUAUGUGACUGAACAGAAACCCUGUGCUUUUGUAAUUAAUUUAUUUAAAGCUGAAGAUUGGCUGUGUAGAUUUCAAUGAGUUAAAAAAGUACAAGAUGUAUAUUUUACAGUAAAAGACAGUGUUGCUCUUGCUCAGUAUAUAAAAAGCUAAUGUCACAUGCAUACAUGUACCCUGCUAAGAUUUUGAUGUAGAAUAAUGAAUUAUUUUAAUUUAGUCAAAUUCAUGUGUGAGUUGCAUUGCUAAAAUUAAUUAUCUGAGCUGUACCUACAUGUAGUAAACUUCACCUUGGUUUUUAAUAAUAUAUUUAUUAUCACUAAGCCAAUGUAUGUUUAGGUGUAUAGGGUAGCAAUCUCAUCUGCAGCGAGGAGGUCACCAUGGCAACUGAGCCAUUGUCUACCUCCACGCACCUGAGAGACUUGAAGGCUCUGUUAAGCCCCAUUAAAGCAUACAAUAUUGUCUUAUACAUGUAUUGUGGCAUUGACUUUAUAGGACAGAGGAAACGAAAGCCCCCGAGGCAGUUGUACCACACAAUGGCACUGAAACUGUAAACAAUGAAAGCAAACGUGAUUCUGCAAAGUUGAGCAUCACAUGCAGCAGCAUAGUAACAAAAGUGCAAAAUGGAGGAGUGACCAGACACAGUAGAGGUUUGUACAAAAUCAUAUUAAUAAGGUUAAUGAUAAUAUUAGCCAGGGUAAUGAUGAGUACUAGAGAGAUUAAGAUUCACGUUUACGGCAUACGGCAAACGGCAAACGUCAGUUGAAAAUUUCUCAGAAUAGAGAAUAAGCAGAUAAAAACAGUCCAGAACGAUUCUUGUGGACAAAACUGGCAUAAAACUACUUAUUUUUGUGUAGAAGCAAUAAACAGUAAACGAAAAACAAGGGGAAAACUUGGUCACGUGGUACAAAUUCACGUUUGCCGUUUGGCGUAAACGUGAAUCUUAAUCUCUCUACUUACUCAUGUUUUACUACAUCUAUCAUCUUUCAUCAUAAUUCAAGGCAAAGGUAUACGCCAGUUAUUUGAACAAAGUCUAUAAUCUGGAUCAUGAUGGUUUAAAACAGACAGUGGAGUUGCAUUUGUGUUUGUAAAUGGGUUAUUUUGAGUUGGAAAAAGAAUUUAUUUUAGUCUGCCUCCAACACCAUCUUGAACAUGGUAACAGUAGAUGAAGUUUUGUUAUUGGAGUUUGACAGAUUAAAAAUGGCAUGGAUCAUGGUUUUGUUAACCACUGGCCAUUGAAUUCUAUUCUUACUACAGCAGUGUCUCUGCUGAGAGGUUUUGUGGAAUACAAUGUACACUGUACUUGUUUACUUUGAAGUAAAAAUGGCAGCAUUAUACUGGCUGGGUUCUUGGGUGAGGGUUGUUUGCCAUGUGACAGUCACUCUCCUUGCUUGUGUUUGUCUCCUUAUUCAACAAAGUUGUCUCAGAGUUUCUUUCUCUUGCAAGGGGUCAGUAAGUAGGUACAAUAAAUUAUUAUCACUGGCAACUUAAUACUCAUACAAGUGGAUGGUGCGGAGCUGUUCCAGGGGGCUUCUUUGCAACUAUGCAUUAGUUAAUGCGGAAACAGCAAUAAUUAUAAUAACAAUUUUUAUUAUUUUUGAGAUUGCACCAGUUAUUAAUAAUAUUAUUAACUGCGGAAAAACCUUUUACAUAAAAUAGGAUGGGAGUGUAACUGAAGUUGUGUUUUGGUUUGGGCAGACUUUGUGUUUGUGUUACAGAGACUACUGUUGUAUGGUUGUUUAUGUGCAAUGUGUUGUGUUGUAGUGAUGAUUUAUUUUGAAUGUGUUUUCAUGAAUUUGUAUGUUGUUGUUUGCUUAUUACAACAUCUGCGGCUCCCAGAAACUGCAAUUUAUUAAAUCAGGUUUUGUGUGUUACUUGUAGUUGCUGUUGAAAUUAGCAAACUUAUUUUUCAAGUAAAUUGUGUAAUGUGGAUCUUGUCGUGUGUCUUGUUGUUGAAUCACCCAAAAAGGAUUGUACCCAAAGUAGCUUGUUUUGCUACUAACUGUCAAUCAAUUAUCUCUGCCUGCACUGUACAAAUACAUAGUAAUGUAAUAACACUCCACAAUAGCUCAAUCACUGCCAAGUCCAAGGUGUCUUCUCAGUGACACCUUGGAUCUUGUUGCCUACGAUAGUAACUUUUUUUGUUUGCCUGUCAUUUUCAACAAAUUUUGGUAGCAGUCAAUAAAUCCCCAGCAGUUUUAUUUUCAUACGAUGCUUGACAGUCUCUAAAGAGAAAACAGAGGGUCUGUGAACUGGCCUAUUAUUUUUGCUGCAUAUUAUUUUACUGUGUGGAUCAUGUCAUAUUAUGAACUAUGUCUUUCAUUAUAAUCAUGAAGCUAAGUUUAAAAACAUUAGGUAAUAAAGAAUUAAAAAUUAAAAAUAUUUAAAUUAAAUGACAGCUAAGAAAUGCUACUGGUAUAGUUGUUACAACAGGUACCGUAAUUUCUGUAACUUAAUGCUUUGGUAGUGUUUUCGCACCAUAACAUACAUUCAGGAUUCUUUACUUGUAUUUCUUACAUUGUUGGCUUUAAGACGCAUCACAAAACACUCAUUUAUUUAAGGCCUAUGUUAAAUUGUAAGCCUUUUUUGCUUGAGAUAGAUGUUUUUUUUGGCCGCCAUCUUGGUGCAUAUUAUAGUCUUAAAAUAAUGAUCAUCAGCACAGAUGUUUCUUCUAACAUAAUACAAGUCAUAUCUUCACAGUGUACCAUCAGAUCGUUGAAAAUAAAAAUAAAGCAAUUAUGAUUAUAAAAAUAUAAAGUACCACACUUUUUGCAGGAUCACCGCAGGUGCUUGCUUGUUAAAUGAUCAAUGGUGCACAAAAUUAUGCACACAUUUUAACAUUCUUUUCUCUUCUUGUCAAUUUAGCACAUUUAUAAAUAACACCUCUUCAGUUCUUUGUAACUCUGUUUCUCAACCUCUUUCAUUUUCUGAAUCCUUGUUACUUCUUCUUGUCAUCUCUUCUUUCUCUGACUAAUUCUUUUCUCCCUAACCUUUCUUUAGAUCUUGAUGAAGUCUGUGGCCCUUGAUGUCAACAACAGUAACAGUUUCCACGCUAAGAAUGGACAAUAUUUAAAUUAUGUAUUCUUGCAUUGAACUCUCUCCCUUGAGCCACAGAAAAGUUUCUAAAGGACAAUACUUUCUUAUCGCAGUUUCUUUUCUUGCACUAAAUAAUUCUAACUUAAACCUGCUCAUGGAAUGUUAACCCCUUGGCUCCCAACUGAGAGUGAAUGUUGGAGUCUUCCAAGGUGGUCCUGACCUUCGAGUCCAUAGAUGAAAUUCUGCAAGGUGACCAUUCAAAUGAAAUAAAACCUCUUUUGCAGUACUUUCACGAGGUUCUUUUUGCUUUUCAUUAUUUUACGAAAAGAAAUUUGGAAAUUUUGUUAAAUUUCAACUUUGGCCACUUUUGUAGUUAAAGGUUAAGAGUAAGUGCAAUAAUUCAGUGGAAAGCUUCUACAGUACACAGCUGUUGUUGGCUUGCUGUUGGCUUUUUUAAAAUAUUUUUUUUUGUAAGUUUCCAAUUGCCUCUUAGAAAAGGAAGAGAGUUUAAAACACGAAUACAUAAAAAAAAUUACAUGCUUAAACUCAGUGACAAGGUAAUGUUCUAAACAAGGCCUUUGUUUACAAAAAUGCCAAGUGCAUUGUUUGUAUUGUUAACUAUUAAAAAUAUUUAAACAAACGAAAUUUAGAGUAAACCUGCCGAUGUUUAAAACUAUUCCACCAAUGCUAAGAAUGUCUUAUUUUGGUGUCUAAACUUUCCUAAUGCUUCCUGUUGUUAAAAAGAAUGACGCUAUUAUUUUAAUCUGGCUGAAAAGCGGCUUAUAAAUCACUGAGGCUUGACUGAUAAACAUUUCAAUUCAAUGUUAAGGGGUUAUCCUCGUCUUUUGUUUAUGGUGUUGUUGGUUCUACUCGAACUUUCCUUUUUUACCUUACUAACAGGAAAAAAAAAUAGGAAAGAGGAAAAUUGUACUUAUUCGACAAUGCAGUGUUCUUUGUAUUAUUUAUAAGUUUGGGGUACGACUUGGGUGACUGAGCGAUUUUUUUAUAUUGUUACUUCCACGAGAAAUAUUCUUGAUUGAGAGUUGCUGACAUACAGAUACAUAUAUACUGCACAUGACUAGGUUUUAAUAGAGGUACAAUGUGUCUCUUUCAUUAUCCUUUAACUUUUCUUUGUGCAAGCAAAUCUCAACUUCUUUAUCUGGUGUAAGAGAUAAUCCUUCUUUAGCGUAAUGGUCACAUUUAGCGAAGGUUUUUGGAGCAAUAGUGUCGUAUCAUAUUGUAUGAGACAUCGUGUAUUAUGUGGAACUAUAGUGUGUUUUUUUUGUUAUACUCUUAAAAGUGCUUGUACCGUAGCUUUUGACAUCAGAGAAUUAAUGAUUGGAUGCUCCAUUGCCGAUCAAGUGAAAACGUAGAUGUCCCUAGUUCUAGGUAUGGUGUGUUCAUGCAAUGUAUUCUUACAUGAGCGCCGGAUUGUAUACAGUUAUUCCUUCCAAUACGAUUAAAGUUGUGACCCGGCCGCACAUCCUUUCUCAAAAGAGACAUCAUUUACAGCCGUUCACUUGGACCAGUAAAGAGUGUGAGUGUUAGAAGUGUUUGCCUCGCAUAGAGUUGACGAAAACGAAUUAAGAAUGCAGGAGACAAACUUUUUCACUGUUGAUGUCCGCUUUAUGGGCGCGUUUGUCUUCAAGGGGUGUUGGUUAAGGAAAUGUUGACGUCUUAUAUCAAACUUUUUUCAAAGUGUUUUGUCAAUUUGGGUUCAGCGGAAUGUUUUGACGCAGAUUUUAAGAUGUCAAGUCAAGUUGUCAAGUUUUUUAUAUAUAUAUAGCUUCUCAAAAGAACAGUAUUUGUUACAAAAAUGCAAGGCUAAAGUUGGCAAAAUGUUUUUUAUAUAUGCAAUUAAGAUGAAAGGAGAAUAUUGAGCCGGAAAUUGAGAGGACUUUAAUUAGAAAUGCCGGGUUAGAUUUUAUGGAUUAUCAUACAUUCAGUAGCAUAGCUUUUUAGGUUGUUAAGGUAAAAGAUAUAUAUAUUGCUUGUAAAAUAUUUUACCACGGUUGUGAUUAUUAAUUUAAGUCACAAGUGUCCACUUUAAGUUCGUCCAGUUUUGCAAGUAUCUUUAUAAGUAUUUAGUACUGGACGCUUUGUUUAAGACUAAAAUUUAGAAAUAAAAGACCUUUGUAUUCGGUAAAAUGCAUUGUUAUAUAUACCUGAUGAUCUACAAAAUCUCUUUUACAUCAUGGGCAUCAUACAACAUCUUGUGGGCAAUCUUUUCAACUUUAGUUUCCACUGUUAUUGUAACAGUAGAGACGUUUACCCAGUUGUAUGUACGUUAUUUGACCAACGCUUUUGUUUAGUGAGCCGUACUCUAUACGGAGUCCUUCCCCCUUACAACACUAAAUCUGUGUCACGCCUUUGUAAGAUAAAGUUCCCGGAAAUAUUUCACUCGUAUUCCACACCCUACUCAUGCCUUGUUAAAAAUGUAGCUUUCUUAUCUUGAUCUGAAAAGUCUCUUCUGUAGUUUCCGCUGUGUAAUGGCAAGCUUAUAAAACUCCUUGAGGAAGCCUGCGACAGUCGGACUAAACUUGUAGGCGAUUAACAGUUUUACUCGAAAGAACCCCGCCCUCGGCCUCGGCUAAGCGUAGCCUCCUCUCCACCUUUUGAAAUGACGUGGCUAAUGCUGAAAUGCUUUACAUGUACGUCGCGUAUUGUUAUUGCAGUUUUGCAGUUCCUUUUUUAUCUCGAAAAGGACAGGUCUUAUCGUCGUGAAGAAACGAUUGCGUAGUACAGUGUUAGUCGCUGAUCAGACGUUUUCGGAGCCCAUAAGGUUUAAGAUCAUCGCUGCACCCAUAAGUCCCCCACCCAACUCCUACUCUUCUGUUAUCUGCGACUUUAACCUUAAAGAGCGCAUUCACAGCAUACUGUCUAACACUGUCUUGGGUAAAACCGUGGAGUCAGAAGAGAACGAGGUGGGUGAAAGGUUACCAAAGCACGUUUAUUAUUAUGUGGCAUCGCAGCAUGUAAUAAACCCAGGAUACCUUGUUACCGCUGCCAAGAUUCGACAGGAUCUUUGCAAUUCAACUUGUCUAGGCGUUGAUGCAUGGAAAAACGUGACCGUUUUAAAAACACAGCGAUGAAAGCUCGUGAUCUAGUGGGAUCCGAGAACAUGCACUUUUAGAAACACCACUUCUUUAUUGAAAAGUCUAGGUGUUAUUCAUAAAACAGUAGAAGCCAGUCUGAAACUGUCUGUGGUGGUAACAUGUUUGCACUCUAGCAACUUUAAUGGAGUCCUUUAGAUUCCAUGACGAGGACGACUAAGAGUUUUAACUUUAGGUUUUUUCCCAUACUCUUAAAAUAUAGACACCCCGGAAAGCUGCAUUGUACUUUUUUGCUCCAGGAAAGUUAGAACGGUUAUUCUUAUCGAAGGAGGUUAAGCCCUUUCACGUUUGCAGAAUGAUAUAAUUUCUAACAUUUGAUAACUUGUUUCUGCCACUACGACAUUCUCGCUAAAACUCAUAACAGAAUGACGACGGCUAUCACGUUUUCCCGCCAAAAUAGGGAGCUUAAGCAACAAUGACGGCGUCGGUUACGAAAACGGGAAUUAAAAAAUGAAGUCGCGCUGCUUCAAACUUUAUCGCGCUAAUUCUAUCUCGUCUAAUUCGUCUUUCUGGAGUUGAACUCUUAAAGACUGUAUCAAAGUUCAGGAAAAAAAAGAACGUCGUUGUCUAGUGCUCACGUCCUCCACAAAACGUUAAAUUAGUGUCCACGUCGUAGUCGUGCAGUGACGGCAAAGAUAUGUACAGAAAAGCGUGAUGAACGUGCAGAGUUGUUUUUUACCAAUCUAAAGUUGCCGUUCUCGUUGAUGUCGCCGUCGUCGUUGCUUAAAUUCCUUAAUGGCGCUGGUUCACACGCGGGCAAUGCUUAGUAUUGGGAAAAUCUCGUUUUCGUAGUCGUACUCGUCUUUAUAGAAUCUAAAGGUCUUCAAUGAAUUAAAGGCUCAGCCCUGGUUUCUUAUUCAGGUAGUAGAGGUUCCCGCCACAGCACAGAUAGUGGUACAACUUCCGACUCUGCUGGAGAAACAAAAGACACUGUGUUCGAAGAGCCCGGGUCGCCAUUCCGAAGCAGCAUGGAAAUGUCUCCUCCAGUAUCUCCAACCACUCCCACGAUGUUUCAAAAGGCCUAUAUUUCCAAGGUAAAUAGUGUAACAAUACUAAGUUGUCUUGAAAUGAUGUUCAUGAAACCUCUCGUUUCCUCUAGUUUCCAAGAUAAUCUUAACAGCUAUCUUGACGAUGUCCCAACCGUUUUGUGUUGCCUCUUAUAAUUAUUAGGAAUUAUAUGGCGCUGCCUACAAUGUUGCCAGGGAGCUCUUAAACACGGAAAGAACGUAAGUAGAACUGCAUGACUGAACCGGCUGUUUCUGCUCCAUUGUUUCUCACUAGUGAAGUAUUAAUUUAUCUUUGUUUGGUUUUUAUCAACAGAUAUGUUAAAGAUUUAGAGGUCAUCACGAUAGUAAGUGAGAUGAUACUUGUGGCUUGUUCUAUUAUGAGAAUAACCAACUAAUAUGCAGUUGGUCUUUUUCUUAUUUUGGGGUGUUUCACGUAGCCAUUUCCAUGAGCGGGUUUGCAUCUUCAUUUAUAUUCUUUGUGGGCGGUAUACCAGCUCUACAGAUACUGUUUUUAAGUAGAAAUUAACGAAUAAAGACUGCGUUUCCGUGUAAAAGUCAUUCUGAUUGAUGGGUUGUUGUCCUUGUCGUGUUAGGCUUUCCGAGACGUUGUUGGCGAAGAGGAAUUGCUGCCAGAACCAACGAAAAAACUUCUGUUUUCUACAUUUGAUCCUAUUUACGACUUUCACUGCGCGUUCCUUUCAGAAUUGGAGCAGAGGAUGGCUGUGUGGUAAGUAAUGGAUUCAUAUCCCAGGAGAUUCUCACACGGAACCCUAAAUUUCACAGAGGGCAUUGAACAAGCUUACCCAGAUCUAUGAACGUCAUGUGCCAGCCGCAGCGCCACGUGACUUUGUUUAGCGCGUGAAAAAAAAAGUUUAGUUCGUGCGGCAAAAGCGCAUGAUUCGAUUUUAUGAUUAGACGAUGUUUACGGAAAUGGAAGCCUUUCGAGCGAGGCAUUAACUGCCAUGACGGAUAACACGCCGGCGACCAUUUCUGUGCGUGUACCUGUCUCCUAACAAAUACCGGUUAUUUAACAGAUCUCACUUGCCAAGCCUUGCCUAUCUUUGUGAAACUAGAUCGAUUUGCGUAGUUAUUUCACUGGACCAUAUAAUCUUAACAGAUGUGACUUUACCGUUCCUUUUGUUCAGCCUGAACAAACGGAACGGUAAAGUCAUAUCCGACGGUCGGAUUGAACCAUUUAGGCAUCACCAUCUUCGUAGCUAUUAAAAGAGAGCUUUCUCGCUCGCCUUUUUAGAAACAGGACGGGAUUUGGAGCCGAAAUGCGUCCUGCUAUUAUUUCUGAGACGCGCCGGCCAGCUAUUGGCCAAUAUUUAUCCUUGUCCUUAGUAACAGUCCCAAAAGUCUUUGCUAUUAACAACUUGGCCCAGUUUCCUUCCACGUUUCCCAAAGUGGCGAAUUUCAGUCGAUUUCCCCGUGUAAUUUUGUUUUUGUCAGCGAAGAAAUAAAGCAAAAGGUUUCAUUUCUUUUUCUGACAUGCCAGGGAUGCAAGUGAACCAUCAAGAUCUGAGAUAACGCCAAGAAUAGGAGACAUCAUGAUUCGUAACAUGAAGCAGAUCAAGGUAAGCUCUGAUACGUUUUGGCUAAUGUCCACCUAGAAAACUGCAACAUUUCAAGCUUUUUUGGUGAUCAAGAGUGAACUGCUCUUUACAUCGGGGACUGUUUGAAGCGUUUGUGUACAAUAUUCGUAACUUGUUAUGCAUUUGGUAUUUGACUUAUUCAGCGUUAUCUACAUUUUUUUAAAAGCGUUUAUGUACACUAUUCGUGACUUAUUGUACGUUUAUUGUUUGACCUUUUCAGCGUUAUUUACACCACGUGAAGCGACACGAUCAAGUAAUGCUUGAGUUAGAUGAUGCUACAAAAAACUACAAGGACUUUGAAGUAGCCUACAAAGAAUUUGAGGUAUGUUGAAAUUGUUUGGUUAUAGUUUAAAUUAUUGAAGUCCGUUUUUUAGCUGCGAGAGUAUUUUACCCCAAAUUAAAAAUAUUUUCGAACCCCGCCCUCCUAUAAUCUCUCGCAAGUGUCCAACGUACAGUUCUAAAGUUGCCUCGACUCGUUCUGUCCUUCAUCACUACCAACCCCUUCCUUCCGCUAUUGAUAAUUUUUCUUGGGUCGGAUCGUUAGACUUCCAAAUACAGCGGCAUGAAAGGCAGCUUAAAGGAACCAUAUAAACUUGUUGAACACUUUAUGUUUUCUUUUCAGACUCAAAAGGUGUGCUACCUGCCAUUCAAUGCCUUCCUUUUGAAGCCAUCACAGAGAAUAGUACAUUACAAGUUCUUGCUAGAAAGUGAGUGGAAUUGAGAAUGAUUUUUAACUGAUGAGAAGUUUCUUGGAUGUAUAUUUUGUGAUAAAAGUUAACACUAAAAAGUCACGACGUUUCGACCUCUCCAAGGUCUUUUUCAAGUACGAGUAAAAUAUAAAAACUAUUAUAAAUAUAUUACAAACGGUAAUUGCUUGAACAAAUCAUAAUAGAGGCUUGUGCUAAAAAAGAAGCCGGGGAACAAAAAAGGGGAUGGAGAAUUUUCCCUACUUUAGGUUUAAGCUCCAAGAGGACCUAAACUGUCCAAGAGGACUUUCGGCAUUUGUUAGUGCAAUACCAAAAUCAGUUUCCCCACCGGUCAAAGCACUAUAGCUACACUCUUUCGUUCUAGAUCUUUUUGGUCUUACCUUGCGUGAUUCGACUGUUCUGUCGUUUGUCAUUUCACCGCGGUACAGCGUCGUGUAUUGCAAAUAACUUUCUUCUCUUUUCGGCCGGUUGAAAAACUGAAAUUAUUAGAAUGUCUGAGGAUAUACUGUGGGUUUUUGUUGUGUCACAUCUACUGUUAAAAAAGCUAAAUCAAGUUAGAACUGAUAAUUGCAAAAGCAAAUAAAUAAAACGUAAUGAAUUGGUCGAACCUGUACAGGGGACAAUGUGCAGGGUGUGUCAAGUUAUCUUGAAAGUCGGCAUGUCUCCAGUAAUGCUAUGUUUUCUAAUUUUAGGGCUUCUUAAGUUUUAUCCAAAGGAGCACGUUGAUUAUCAAGACACUCAAGGUAAUGAUUUGAAUCAGUCCUAACUACAGCUUUUCACAUAGCCGUUGACCCUGUUAAGUUUAAUUUUUUUUUCGACGAAACUCAGCGAUUUGGCAUUGGCAACUAAAGAACAUUUUGCCUCAGGCCCAACACUGAGUUAUUUUCGUUAGAAAACGUACAUUGUGCAAGUGCAUCAAUCUUGGAGGCCAAAAGUGGAGCUCCAUGGCUAUCAAAUAUUAGUAAAAUCCAACUAGUGGUCUAUUAUCAAUGCUGCCUUCUGAUUGGUUGAGCUACGACCAGGCUAUAUGUUAUAGCCCACUAGUAGCGAAAAGCGCCGGCUAUUUGGCGGCAAAAAAGGAUUAAAGUCUAGCUUUAAGUUGCUGAAAAUUUUUUUAUUCUCGAUAUUUUUUACCAACUAGUUGGAUUUACUAAAGCAAUUACUCCUCUCGCCGUCAUGGCCUCUGAGUCAGUAGCCCAUUCGGCCUUCGGCCUCAUGGGCUAUUGACUCAGAGGCCAUUCGGGCUCGAGGAAUAAUUGUUAAAAACAUUCCUCCUGUUUGACAUGAGUACAUGAUGCUGGUAAAAGACUAGGGGUACUUACCAUCUGCUUGGGAAAACCGGAAAUUCUGCCUGGUUGGAAAAUCAAAUGGUUCGCGCCAUUCCGUUCGGGAAGCUUCAGAUAAUAAGGGUUGUGAUUUGAGGUGAUGGAAUUUUACCACUUUAUUUAAUCUGCAGUUCAGCAGAUUUGGAUGUACUUUGUAGCGGGUCGUUCUCCUACCACGUCAGAUUUUAUAGUUUUACGUUUCUGUACAACAUUUUCACCUGGGCGUUUUGUGUGAACGGUAAUCUACCCAGUAGUCUGGUCCUUUCCUUCAAUGCCUCUCAUUAACGUGAACAUAAAUUUUGUGUGAUGAUAUCAGUGUUUAAGAUCACUGGUUUUUAUUUAUUUUUUAGGCGCUUUAGAUGAAGUGAAUGAAUCAGUCAAAGGUGUAGAGGAAAGCAUUAGAAAGCUGGUAAAACACUUGAAUGUAUAAUCAAUUCUCGUAUUAAUGAUUCUGACGUCACCCAUGACGCCAUCUUGGCCCUGAGACAUUUGGAACGUUGUCAUAGCAAUUUUGUAAGUUUACAUGCGAAAUGAAUUUGACUCGCUCCCAACCUUCACUCGGCUCCGCCGCCCUAAAGAUUACAGCACUCGCCCGCUAAUCCCGCCAGCUAUGCAGACUAAAAUUGAUUAUAAAUUAGCGCUGAAAUUUCGUGCCAAAAUUAAGGCUUAGUAUGUCACCCAUGAUAUUAUAUGUGUAACGUUACAUUUCUGUUCCUUUGCUUUACAGGAGAAUUUCCAAAAGAUCAUUGAACUUGAAAGAGAUCUCAUUGGAAUUAAAAACCUUGUUCAAGCAGGAAGGGUAGGUGUUUUUUUAUGAUAAAGAUAACGACAACGGCUAUGAUAUGAUGUUAUUCAAAUGUGCAUAUGUGCAUUUUUAUUGGCGUUUACAAUUAAAUACUGUAAAGAAAUUAAGAGAAAAAACGCAACGGAGUGCCCUAAAAUAAGGUUUCCAUGUUAGGAAGAAAUGGUGAACAAGUGACUGGGCCGAGCGAGAGUGCUUCUAUGCGAGGAAUUAAACUCGAAAUCCUCUUGCCUACCUGCAAUUUAGUUAUGUCCAAAUUCGACUAAUCGCCAGGUUGACACACUACGCGAGUAGGUUCGCCCUGGCCAUCACACUUCAAAGUGAAAAACCAAAUUCACUCGCUCUCUUGACUAAAGUUAACAACAGUGAUUAUUUUCCUCAAUUUGUAGGACUUCAUCAGGGAGGGAUGUUUGCAGAAGAUUGAUAGGAAAGGACCACAACCAAGAAUGUUUUUCCUGGUAAAAUAAAACCUGCAUAAUCGUUCUUUUAAGGUUCUGCUUCGUUCUGUUUCUUCUUUUCUCAAAUACGGUAAAUCUUUGUAGAUGUACUCCUAACACCCGUACGAACUAGCCUGCGAACGGCAGAGGUUUCUCCUCGCUCAUCGCCGCUGAGGGACGUUUCGCGAGGAGGAAACUUCCCUCAGCGGCGAUGAACGAGGAGAAACGUCUGCCGUUCGCAGGCUACGUGCGAACUGGCACUGUUAGUGCCCGUCUCAGUGAUGUCUCCCUUAAGAGAAGUCAGAGAAACAACAGAAAGGACCAGCUCUGUCUUUUUGUUUUAAAGAGAUGUUAAGUAAAAGAAGAGAGAGAAGAUGUAUUACCUUUGUAUUUUUGUUAAGUAGAUCUUAGAGCGCUUUUCGAUUGAGUGUCGUAAAACCAAAACCAAAGUAAUCACAACGGCCAAUUAGAACAAACGAAAAUAUCAGAGGGAGCCAAUGAGAAAUCGAAGUAAACGCAUGUAACCAGCCUUAAGCGCGGGAAAACGCGAGUAACCAGGUCGCGAUUGGUUUUAGUUUUGUAUCUGAUUGGCUUAGAAGGUGGCGCGAGUUUUCUAACCAAACCAGUUCAGAAAACCAAUGCAAUCCCGGGCUUUCGACAUAAUUGAAAAUUACGUUGUCUGUGCUUAGUUUUCAGAUAUUCUGAUUUACACAUGCAAAGGUGUAACGCUAACAAACCAGUUCAGAAUAAGAGGGCAAAUAUCGUUGGACUCCAUAGAGGUAAUGUAAUUAGCUCGAAGUAACUAAGGUUUGCAGUGGCUAUAACCGUUUUAUAUUUGUUACUGUAUUGUUUGCCAGUCGACAGUGGCUCUUCAUAGUGGCUUAUCACUACCCCACCCCCCCUCCGGUUAGCUUAGUCGGUGAAAUGCUGUUUGCCUGCUGAAUGGGAGGUUGUGGAUAUGAGCCCGCAAUGAAUCACUGGAUCAACGUUUUUUUGUCCCCUUCAUCCUUCCUUGUCUCUAUAAGAACUAACGCUGCUGUUUAAAAUUAGAUUUUCAACUGGCAUUGGCAACGUUUUAAAAAGUUUAACAAGUGGUCCAACCCCUUAUAAGCAUGUAAAUCAUUUGUUUUUGUUUCUCAGUUGGAUAAUGAUGGCCCCGAGAUGCAUGGUCUUUAUUCGUUUGCGGUGAUCACAGAUGACAGGGAGCUGCUAUUAGCUGCCAGCUCAGAAGAGGAGAAAUACAAAUGGAUGGAGGUAAGGUUUAAAAUAGUUGAGCGCCAAGAAAGUAAGGUAACUGAUUUUUUUCCUCCGCUUGCCCCGGUUUUAGGCUACCUUUCGGCACUGAGGCAGGACAAUUCCUACGUGGUUUAGUAAAAGGAACAAGUGUUGGCCAUUCGCCCAUUCUUAGGUGGCACGUGAGACUCUGUCAGUAAUUUGUCGAAAUGCAUUGUUGGUUAAAAUUUGUCCCCUAAAAACAGUCCUACAAUGCAGUUCGACCUGACAACACAACUCAGUCUCACGCGCGGCCAAAAAAUAGCCUAUUCCACCAUUGAUAAAAAGUUAUUUCCUCUAAGUCUUUUGAAUUGUUCGCUUUACCUGUUUGCCAUCUUAGUCAUUGUAAUUGUCUAAACUCGUUUUGAGUUUCAAUGCGAUGGCUGCUUUUGUUUCUUUUUUUAAAUAAUGAAGUUAUCAUCUUGACUGUAUCCGCUCAUGUCUACUAUGUUUAAUCUUGUACCUGCUCAUUUUGAAAUAGGAUCUGAAAAAAGCAGUAAAACUGGCCAAAGUCAGGGUGAGUUUUUAACGCUUUAGGUUUACUUUACUUUUGUAUUAGUUUACUCGACCUUCUUGCAAGAUGGGUCAGCCAUUCACACGAACUAAAGUGUAUAUAACUUCUAAUUCCUCGGAGGCUGUUGAUCAGUUCUUGCCGGAGACGUUGAUUUAAAAACUGUUGAAAUUGCCUCUCAUGAGAGUAAUGUGAUAAUUAAAAUUUUUGUUGAGCAGUUAUAGUGGUGUCAUUUUGCACUCCUUAAUUGCUAAUUAAAGCUUUGCUGUAAAAGGAAAAGCGCAGAGUAACUGCAGUGUCUUCUUUCAAAUUGCCGUUUAUUUGCUUUUGAAAGGAUUCGAGAGUUGAACAUCAGGGCCCAGUCGUUCAAAAGGUAGAUAACGCUACCAACGGGAUAAAUCUCUCUCCAGUGGAUGACGCAUUGGUUUUCGUGAUAUUUAUCCGCUGAAUAGCAAUUUAUCCGGUGGAUAGCACUAUCCAUGACGUUUGAGCAACCUGGGCCAGGUCAAAACGUCAAUCAUGUGCUUAUUCCAUGCAGUCCUUAAACUGAGGAGGUUGUUCAUUUGCAGGUGUUUUGUGGAAGUUGCUCACAGAAGCGAUCCAAUUUGGCGUACAGGACACCCAACAUGAGAUCAACAAGAUUUGUGUGUGGAGAAUGCUAUAAUGAUCUUGAACAAGGUAUCUAUUUGCACUCUGAUGUGAUCUCGCGACUAGUUGAUGUCAUUUGGGAAUUAUACUGGGGAUCCGUAGAAAACCGUAGCUAGACGAUGCUCAUUCAGCAUGGCAUUAUUACCUGUUCAGUACUCAGAUUUGUUGAUCAACAUCUCUCAAAAGGUUCCUUUCACAAGUGUGCUUAGAGCUUUGCUAGUACAUUGUGACCCACAUCUAUUAGGCCAAAAGAAGCAUAACUCGUAGAACUUCCUUGUGUGCAGGUUUAAAGAUACCGUUUCAAUGUUGAUAAAAAAUUAGAUGGACCCUUUGGUGGAAUACACGUGAGUUUUUUAGUUAUGAUGACAUACCUCUGUUUUCAGCCAAUUUGUUAAAUGGAGAUUCGCCCUACCCCCAGACGGGACCAAUUGGUAAGGUGCUCCCCCUACCCACUCCUGUGGAAAUAACAGCAAGAACAAACGGCGAGGGGUCUGAUGAGGAUGUUAGUUCAAGUCCCGUCUCAAGUUUGGAUAAAAGACAUGCGCACACACACACCAUGUCGACGCGAAGAGUUUGUUGGCAUAGAAACACGAGUAUUAGUAUGAUAGAACACUCUCUUUCAGUUAGGGUAAGUAUUGUAUUGGCAGCUUGGAUUUAUAACCCUAAUCCUUGUUAUGUAUAAUCACAAAUCAGGCUCCGUGCGUAAUUGUUGGUUGACCUGUGGCCCAAUAAAAAAAGGAGUCGAGUCUGUGUCAAAAAAAGACAAAAUGGCGGACAGAUCUCCCAGAAGGCGUUGCGUGUCCUAUUUCCCCUGCAGUGGUGGAAUAGACUUCUGAGGGGAGAGGUUCCCUCCUUUUUGACCAUGAAUUUUCCGUUCAUUGAAAGCCGUAACAAGUGUUUUUUUAUCCUUUAUACCCGGUUUUGGAGGAGCUAUAAACUCAGCAUGGAACGUAUUAGACUACUGCAGCCCAAUACACGCGUAGUAUACGUAGUAUACGCGUCUUUUUGGUUUUUUCAACAUUAGCACAAAUGUCCGGAAGUUUUUCUGGAUAUUUGCAAUUCAAUAUUUUCAACACUGAGCUGAAAGGAAAGAAGUGUCAGGACGUUUCCUUAUUAGAUAACUGUCGAUGAGAAGAGAGUUUAUUGCUGCUCCAUUUUUUUGACCGUUGGAAAAAGUCGUUACUUUUGAGAUAGUCGCUGUUACUCUUUGCCACUUUUCAGUUGUCAAUCAUACGAGUUUCAGCCGAAGCUCGAAAUUUUUUCUGAGCUUUCUGGUGUUUUAUUUCUUUUUUUUUCAAAUCGUUCGUGUGCAUGUUUACGUCAGAUGAACAAAUUUAACCACCAAACCUCCUUUUGAAAUUGGAAAGCUGCGAAGUUUUGCGUACUGAAGUGAGUUCCCGAGUCAGUACAGUUGACAAGAAUACCCGCGCAUAAAGAGCGCAAAUACGAAGACUUUUACUUGCAAGCGAGGUGUAAGAGUGACAUUUUCCCGUUUGACUUAAAUCAUGCAGAAGGGCCAUUUAUAUGUCACAUUUAGAAGAGCGAUGUCGUUCCAAGGCUCACUCAUGUUCUCGUCUCUCGGGACGAGAAGUAGAGAUACUCAGGGAACGAAGCUGUGACCACAGGGAAAACUCACUGAUGCUUUCAACGUAUCUUUUCAGAAUCAAAUGAGUGGUGAAUUGCUUAGGAAAUUCAAGACAGGAAAUCGAUGGCAGAAGUUGUGGGUUGUUUUUACAAACUUCUGUUUGUUCUUUUACAAGACGCACGAGGUAUGAGCAACAGAUAACUAACAGUUUGUAUUACAGAGGAAAGUUAGCAGACAAACAUUGAUGUUUCAUCGACAGUAAUGCUAGUAUUAUUAUUCCGAACGCCGUCUCCGUAUCUUACCAUAGUUUAGCCACACAAUUCGACAUGCUGUCUGUUUCCCUUUGUUUGGUUUGGAAUUAACCGGAAGCUCACUCUCAUCCUGAUGUGGCCAAGAAAAGUACGGUUAAAAUUACUGAAAAAAGUCAUGUGUAAUUGUAGAUCUAUUUCUGAAGGUUUGACGAAGCAAACGAGAAAGUCCUUGUGAAACCCUCAAAGGCAGUAAUCUUUCAUCCAACACACUCGCCGCAACACCUACGAAUCGGCGCGAGGUUUUGAAAAAUGCUGUCGGUUGUGCUCUCAUUAACUAUCUUUUGGCUUUCCGUUCAUUUGUAUUCUGUAAGCAUAAAGAGGGAAUACCUCUGCUCAGAAGUGUUUUAUCAUCAUCAUCGUUAUCAUUAUUUUUAUAUUUUUAAGGACGAGUUUCCGCUGGCUAGCUUGCCGCUGCUCGGUUAUUCUAUUGGCAGACCAGUGGAGGUAAGAGAUAACCAACGUUCAACGCCUUCUCAACACAUUUCUAAUUUUUCAAAGAAAGUAGAAAGAUAUUAGAAAGGAGCUGCAAUGACUCACUGAUGUGGCUUUGUGACCUUUCCCUCUAACAAUAACAUCUUUGAACGAAAUCCUUUGGUGUUGCCAUUCAAAUAAAACCUCUCUAGGAGGUCUUUUGCAUCGUACCAUUUGUUUGUUAAGGUUGUAAAAUUUUUUUCUUUACCUUUUGCCACUAAUAGUCGUGACUAGUUAAAUUAGGUUUAAGAAAAUGAAAGUAAAUUUGUUUGGGUCUAGUUCAGCUGUGGUCAACCAAACAGUUGUGGGCGUUAUUUUAGUUUUCAUGUCAAAAGAAGACAAGUCUGUCUUUUGUGAAUUGCCGUUUUGGCCAGUAUUCUCAAGCAUGGUCUGAUCUUAUUAAGACCGUAACCAUCGCCAUCUUGAUUUGACCUCAUAUUAUAUAUAAUAAUUUGAAGUUCGAUUGAGGCCUUUCACUUCUGUUUAAGUGUAAGAUUUAAAAAUUUAAGCUGUUGUCGAAUUGAAUAAUAUUUUAAGCACUUUUUGCCUGUUAUCUUUACAGGCUGAUGGUAUUGAUAAGGAGCUGGUGUUCAAGCUCCAGUACAAGACACACAUCUAUUUCUUCAGAGCAGAAAACGAAUACACCUUCUUCAGGUAUGAGUCAAGUAAACCUUUUGGCUUAGAAAGGAAGUUACCGCUUCAUUAAUUACAGGGAAAAUAAUUGGUACAAGCUUCCUGCGCAACGAUUUCCGGGGUCGUUGGAGUGGGCAAUCGUUGUUUAUGAUUGGUGUGUAGUAUCAGAAGGGAACCAUUAGCCAAUCGUUGAUUACAUUGUCCAUCCAUAAAAGCAAUCCCAGAAAUCUCACUGGAAAGCUUGGUCCCAUUCUUCCAGAAGUUUAUGGAGUUAGCUGUGAGCGGAGGAGGGUUCAUAAUAUUAAAUUUGCGUGAAAUAACUUUUAUAAAGUCAGCAGCAUUAAACCCCCUUUUUAUUCAGAGAAAAUCAUAGCUUUUGAGGGCGGAAGGUUCUUUUUAGUUCCUCGUGGGUGUUCGAAGAUAAGAAAUAAGACACUUACAUCAUACAAAUUCCUUAUAUUCUGACCCCGCUUUCCUGUGACGUUAUUAUUGUUUUUCUUGAUUUAACUGCGGUCAGACACUUUUUUAAUGAGGAGAGGAUAAAGGGGUUAAGCUGGUCGACUGUUUAAGGCUCCCCCCUCUCAGUAAUCCAGAGAGUACAGUGGAAUAGAUUGGGAAUCUUAGGGCCUUGGCCGGGAUAUGUGAAUUUCACUUAAGUUAUUUUUAGAGGUUAAAGUUUGCGGACUUCUCCGGAAAACAACUUUCGAUUAAUUAAAGCGUUAAAAUUGGUGUAAACAUAACUUUGGUGAAAUUCGCAUGUCCCAAUGGCUAAACUGGGCGUUUCCCUCUCUGUCCAAUUACUCUCUCUUACACGAAUCUAAUCGCAGGUUAGUUUUUAAUAGUUUACCUACCAUCAGCGAAAGUGAUUUUUUUUGACAUUUUUUUGUUUAUCGAUUAACAUGGUUGGUUUUGAUUUUGUUUUUAGGUGGAUGGAAGUAAUAGCCAGUGCAACACAGAGCUCUUCAAGAGUUCGUAUUUUCAGCCGACAAGCUAGUGCUGUUCCAUAGACACAUGUUAUUGUAAUAUGGACCAUUAUCAGUUAAUUUAACACAAGUGACCAUACUGUCGUAUCAUGCGGGGUUGGCCACGACAAUAAUUUGUCAGUAUAUUCGCGCGGAAUGCGAAUCUUCCCAGAAAAACCUGGGAUAGGGUGAAAAAAAAAAACAGCUGAAAAACAUGCGUAUUGGAUUUUGCCGUUGAGCAUAGGGAUUUCUCCUACCCUCCUAAAUUAAAUUAAUAACAAGUUUUAACCCUUUCACUGCCAGAGUGUUUGAUAGAGUUUUGUGAGGUAACUCUAACUUUUGAAGUUGUGGACGAAAUCCUAUGAUGUGACCAUUCAAAUGAAAGCCCUCUGCCUGUACUUUCACAUGAUACUCUUUGUUUGUCAAAAUUUUAGGAAAUGAAAUUGGAAAUUUGGUCGGAAUUUGCCUGCGGCCACAUUUGGCAGUGAAAGGGUUAAGGAAACUCAUUGCCGUUAGAUUACCACUGGGUUGUAGAAGGACCUCUGACAAAAGUCCUUCACAAAAUUAUCUUAUGCGAUACCUAACAGCGUACAAUAUUCGCAGUCGUAGCGAAGUAAACCCUUUCCCCUUUCUUCGAGACUUUGUAGCUGGUUUACCCCCACCUCCGCCUCCAUGUGAAGUAAUCCAAGAUAUUCUUGCAUUCUGGAUUUCACGCUGUGGACUCCUGGAUUCCGUAACCCGAAAUUCCAGAGUCCAACAUACCGAUUCCGAAAUCUGGUUUGCCUUACAUUGGACAAUUCUGGUGUGGGGAUCUAGGACUGUGAAAGGACAAAACUUUUAUCACAAACAGAAGCGUGCGUUCGUGUCGAAUAGAGGAUAUGUCCGUAACGGUUUAAAAGUAACUAAUUGCUUACGCGUUGACGAAUAUUCGUAAUUUCAAAGAUUUAUUGGGUUUUCUCAAUGCCAGCCUAUUGCAUUUAAAUUGGUGGCUUUUACAAGUUGUUACGAAUUUAUAUUAUUAUUGUACUAAAGUCAAGUUGCUUAGCAAAGUAAUCAGGUGUUUUAAAGCAAUAGAAAUUUGUAUAAGUGAUGCGUGUGUAUCAGUCCAGUGUGACCUUGAGAACUGGACAGUGGAAAACAAAAAGGAUUAGAAAAGGAAUUAGAAACAGGCGAAUUUGCUGGUAUGAAUUGAAGAAGAUUAAUCGGCUAGCCGAGGAACCUGCUUCUCCUGAAAUGAUAUUUAAAUUGUAUUUUUUAGAUAAUUCACAGCCUUGAAAUCCCGUUUGAUAUUCCCUCAGUGUAAGAAUUUUUUUCCGGAAUUUUUUGUCUCAAAACCCCCUCAUUUCAGGGUUCCAGAGGCUUUUGCCGUGCUGUCUUAUUUCACGCUAAUAAAGAGCAUUAUAAGAAGGACCUUUACCUAUUGCCCCGUGUAGCAGGCGCUUGGAAGAGAUGGGUGCGAUAGAAAACGGGACGCACAGGGAACACCCCAGGGAUGAGAGAGCUCCCCUUACCCUCGCGUGUUUCUCUCCAGGACCACGUUUUUUCUUGCGCUCCUUUUACUUAGCACCAGCUACUUAUGACGUGUAUAAGGAACCUAAGGGUGCAAAUGAGCCACUCCCAUCCCAGGACAGUGCUUAUUUUAGUUCUAAAGACAGCAGAAUUUAUGUAAAAACUCGAAAUUGCAUUAAAUGAAUGUAUCUACAACCGACUUUCACGAGCGAUCACUUUUGUCUAAGAUGUCGUAGCAUUUGUACGAGUUAUCCAUGAAAGAUUUUAUUUCUCUGGAUUCCUCGGAAAUCUUCGAAAUACUUCGGGUUAACUUAAUGGUGCAGCAAAGUAAUCGAUACUGAAUACUCCUGUCGUCCUAUCAGAAACAAGUAUUGUCGAGUAUAAACGUAGGUCCCCGAGGAGAUUCAGAGUUGAUUCGGCCAAACCGUAGCCUGUGUAUAGACCCGACCUCCCCUCAGUUGAAAUCGGAGAAGAGAAAGCCCCUUCUCCGAUUUUUACUGAGAGGAGUGGGGUCUGUACACAGGCUAGCCAAACCGAUGGUGUCCCAAAUAAUAUUCGCAUUUCAUUAGUAGCCUUUGGUCAACAGUUGGGAGCGAUGUUGUGCGGGAAAUAAAAUAUGG